UAUUCCAAUGAGUGCCUUAUCUGAGGCCUCCCAGCCUCUUCAUUACCACAUCAGCAUCAAUCUGAGGAAUUUAAGUAUGCCUCUUUAGAAACUAGAUGAUAGAUCCUCGAUAUGUCAUUUGUUAGUACUUAGUAGUGGUUUCUAGCCUUCAUAUAUUAGUGCACACUCGUUUGAGUAUUAUGUCUAUGUUCUCCUUUGUUCCCUGAGUAUUUGAAUAAAAGCCAUUGGCGUGUAUAGAGUUUUCUAUCUAGGAAGUGAGGAUAGAACCUAUGGAGAAGCAUGAAUUGCUUUGCUUCAGAGAAAAUUCUUCUUUGUUACUUGGUAUCUGAUUUUAAUUUCAGCUUUAUUUUAUUAUCUUCUCAGAAACAGACGCCAUAUACAUUUCUGCAAAGCAAAAUAAAUUGAUGGGUAAACAUUCAGCAUUUUUCCUAGUCCAUGAUUCUUGUGGCUUUCACGAGAGAGAAGAAGGAAAUGUAACUGGUUCCUGUCUCUACCUGCCUUCAAACCUGGAGGGCUGGAGAUAUGAAUCUUGAUGAAGAAUCUCAUCACAUAUCACCUGAGAAUGGCUACCAAACAAUCACUUGAUCACUUGUCACUUCAUCUCAAUAUCUUAUCAAAAGGAGAUUCUUGGAGCUUAUUUGUGAAGGAAGCAAGGAAGUCUUUUGACAAAUCUUCCAAUUUCUAUGUUGUAGCGAGAGAGGUGGUUAGAGAAUGUGCGGGUCUACCAAUUGCUUCGAUAGCUUCGAGAUGAAGCUUUGGACGGAUGGAAAGAAGCUGCUCGACGGCUGAAAGUGUCUCAACCUCCCAACCCUGAAGAUGAGGGAGAUGUGUUCAAAUGCAUAAAGUUAAGCUAUGAUUACUUGAAAUCUGAUGAUUCCAAAUCAUGCUUCUUGCUUUGCUGCCUGUUCCCAGAAGAUUAUGAUAUCCCAAUUGAAUACUUGGUCCAGUAUGGAAUUGGGAAAGGAAUGUUUCAAGACUCCACAACAUGCUAGAAGCCCGCGCCACAACAUAUUUAGUGGUGAAGGCCCUUAAAGAUUCUAGCUUGCUUUUGGACGCUAGAGCUGACGGAUGUGUAAGGAUGCAUGAUGUCAUUCGGGAUAUUGCAAUAUUAAUGACAUCAUUAUCUGAAGACGGCCAGCGGUUCUUGGUGAAAGUUGGCUUUGAACUGAAGAAUUGGCCAAAGAUUGAUGCACAUAAAGGCUACUGUGCAAUCUCACUAAUGAAGAACAAAAUUUGCAAGCUAACCAAAGAGUUGGUAUGUCCAAAUCUCCAGAUUUUAUUACUACAGCACAAUGCUUCUCUAAAUGAGAUCCCAAAAUAUUUUUUCCAAAGUCAAAAUGAAUUAAGAGUCUUGGAUCUUAGCCACACUUGUAUUCAUUACUGCCCCAAUCAAUGAGUUUCCUAACCAAUCUUCAAGCUUUGUACUUAAAUUAUUGCCUGAACAUAAUUGACAUGUCUGUAAUCGGAGAACUUCACAAGCUUGAGAUUCUUAGUAUGAGAGAAAAUGCUCUGAAAGAAAUGUCAAGAGAAAUAGGACAGUUGACCAAUCUAAGGAUGCUGGAUGUCAGUGCUCAAUGUAUUCGCACAAUUCGAUCUAAAGUGAUAUCAAAGUUGCAUAAAUUAGAAGAACUGUACAUGCAAUGUGGAUUUUGGGAUUGGGUUAGUAAAAUUGAUGGAGAAGGACAAAAAACUAAUAUUGGCUUUGAUGAAAUAGCUGGUUUAUCAUAUUUAAGCACUUUGAAAGUUUGCAUAUCAGAUGCAAAUUGCAUCCCUAAAAGUGUUGAGGUCGAACCGAAUUGGGUUUACUUCGAUAUUAGUACUUGCCACGGCCAUAUUUCAGAGAGAAUCAUUGAGAACUUUCGAUCUGAUGAUUCUGGCCAUAAUUGUAGAUCCUUGAGUCUUAGUAGAACUGAUACAACCAUAGGAGCCUUUCCGGACUGGUUUGUCAACACUGCGGUAAAGAAUACUGAGAGGCUGCGUUAUGAAGAAUGCAAAGGCUUAAGUAACAUUCUUGUGGAAUAUGACCAUGGGAGGUUACAUGGACUGAAAGUUCUCUCUGUAAUUGGUCGCUGUGAGAGCCUGAAAGAGUUGAUGAACGCCAUAACAUGUGUUCCUGAUAAGCCUGUGUUUGAGAACAUGGAAGAGUUGCAUCUGAAAGAGCUGAAUGACCUGGAGGAGUUAUGUGUUGGUGAGUUACCACCUGGAUCUCUCUGCAGUCUGAAAUUAUUGGAGGUCCGUCGGUGCUGUAACUUGGGGAAUGUACUGUUGCCAUCAAAAUUAUUGCAGAAACUACCAAGUCUGGAAAAACUACUCUGUUCUGAUACUAAAGUGGAAUAUUUGUUUGGAUGUGAAGGAUUUGAGCCAGAUCAAAUAAAUCUGAGAGAGAUGGAGUUACAGGAUCUACAUGUUGUAAGAGGAAUAUGUAAUGGUCCUGCUCCACGUUGAAUGUUCCAGACUCUAAAGGAUUUGGUCAUUCAUAAUUGCAACUUCCAGGGAAGUCUCUUCACAUUUGAUGUAGCUUAUUGUCUUUUUCAAUUGGAAACCCUUAUUGUGUCUCGAUGCAAUCGAAGCAAGGAGGGAAACAUUGAACAACAAGAAGACCAUUCUUUCAAAAUUGAAGAACUUAUAAUUGGAAUAUCUUCCAAUGUUGUACAAGGGAAGUGGUGCUAUUGAUUUUGAGUGUCCUUCAUUGGAAAACUUGCGUCUGGAGGACUGCCCCCACUUGUCAUUCCCAUGCUCUGCUUCUGACUACUUCCACAGCAGGAACCAAGUCGUUUUCAAUGAUGUUCGUCAGCAGAGACCGCUUUCCAAACCGGUAGUGUUAAGAUACCAUUGACGUCAUAAGUAGAAGCCAUUGCUGCAGCUGCAAAAACAAGGAUGAAGACGAGGCUGCAAAAACAAGGAUGAAGACGAGGUUGAAGUCUUCUUCUAUUCACCAACUGUAGCUUCUGAAUGGGCAGAACACAAUGCUUGUAAACGGUGGUGAUAACAGGGACCCUAACCUCUUAUUUAUACAAGUACUAGUCCUAAGAAUCCUCCCAUAAAGGUUUUCCUUAAGAAUCAAGUCUUGUAUCUAAGAAUCCUAAUGCAUCACAGUUUAGGACUUUCUUGUAGUCCAAUUAAUGGAUUCCUAAUCCAAUGAUAAAUACACUAUCACAUUAGAUAUCUAGGUUGAUUCUUUUCCA